UUCUGUGUUCUACAUGCGGCUUAACACGACUGUUCUGUGUUCUACAUGCGGCUUAACACGACUGUUCUGUGUUUUAGAUCUGCGUAAACAGAUGGAAACAGCUGAACUGAAGAACCAGCGGUUGAAGGAGGUGUUCCAGAGGAAGAUUCAGGAGUUCAGGACGGUGUGUUAUGUUCUGACCGGCUAUCAGAUAGACAUCACUACUGAGAACCAGUACAGGCUGACCUCUGUCUACGCUGAACACAUGGACGACUCUCUACUGUUUAAGGCCAGUGGAGGCGCUGUGGGCAGUGGAGGCAGUAUGCAGCUGAUGGAGACAGACUUCAGUCGGACCCUGAGAGAGAUGGUGGACCUACACCUGCACCACCAGAAGAGCAUCCCAGCCUUCCUCUCUGCUGUGACCCUCGACCUCUUCAGCCGACAGACCACGGUCUGAUUUGACCCUCGACCUCUUCAGCCGACAGACCACGGUCUGAUUUGACCCUCGACCUCUUCAGCAGACAUACCACGGUCCAAAUUGACCCUCGACCUCUUCAGCCGACAGACCCCGGUCCGAAUUGACCCUCGACCUCUUCAGCCGACAGACCACGAUCUGAUUUGACCCUCGACCUCUUCAGCCGACAGACCACGGUCUGAUUUGACCCUCGACCUCUUCAGCCGACAGACCACGGUCCGAAUUGACCCUCGUCCUCUUCAGCCGACAGACCAGUCUGACUUGACCCUCGACCUCUUCAGCCGACAGACCACGAUCCGAUUAGACCCUCGACCUCUUCAGCCGACAGACCAGUCUGACUUGACCCUCGACCUCUUCAGCCGACAGACCACGGUCCGACUUGACCCUCGACCUCUUCAGCCGACAGACCAGUCUGACUUGACCUCGACCUCUUCA